AUGGCUGACGAGCAGAUGCAAGACCUCAAUCCCGAAAUUCCAGGACCGCCGCCAGUCAACGACGCGACCGCAGCAUCCAUCUUCAGUCCAGCUCAAGACCCGACUCUUAGCGCGACGGACGACGCGUCGGCUCAGCCAAAACCACAGAAGCCUGUCAAGCGUCGCAACCGUCAACCUGUUGUAUGCAAACCAUGUCGUGAUCGACGAUCAAAAUGCGAUCGCGGUACACCAUGUAGUCUUUGCCGCAAGCGUGGUGAAGAUCACCUGUGCAUAUACGCCAGUCGUGCCGACAAGACACGCAAUGCAGGUAGCCGAGGAAGCAAAUCGGCGGAGGCCCGCAAGAAGCAGCUGGAGAAGCUCGGUCAACUUGAGAGUCUUUUCAAACGCUAUAUGCCGCAGGACCACUAUCAGUCAGCCGAUCGAAAAGAUCACUAUGGUACUAGCCAAGGCCCGACUUCCACCACUGCAGAUGGAGAGCCACUGCUCAGCACUACCGAUGGUCCCCACUGGUCAUCGAUAUUUCAGCAGCUUCGGUCGUCAAUGGAAGGCUACGAGGAUGCACUCUCCGACAUCGAUGAUGGUAUUGUGACCGGAGACGAAGCGCCUUUCCUUCUGGGCAACCCCAACCCACCAUCUCUGACAACGGUCCUUGUGCAGUACCUCCCAGCAGACAAGAACGAAGUGGACAAAGUCAUCCAGGAUUACUUCGAUGCAACCUUCAUGGUUAUUCCUGUCAUUCACGGAGGAAAGUUCUUGCGCGAGUACAAUGAAUUCUGGAAAAACAUGCACGGCGCAGAUCCAAUCUGGGUUGCAUUGCUAUUUGGCAUCAUGUCGCUGUCUGCAAUGAUCAUUGCUCAGAAGAGUGAGGAGCCGGAUCUGUCGCAACGCGACGCAUGGAUCACUGCUGCCGCUCAUUGCUUGGCGAUUGGAGGCUAUCUCAAACCGAGCACAUACCUGAUUCCCGCGCUGUUGAUUUUCUCCCAGUCUCAAUACAUGCGAUACCAAGAUCCAUCCAGAGAAGUUGCAGCACUAGUGCCGAUCAUUCCCUUCGAAGGAGAGAUGCGCCGUCGUCAAUGGGUCAUGAUUCGACAUCUGGACCGCCAGAUUGCUUGCCAAUUCGGUGUUCCGGCAUCUGUUUUGAGCGAUGCUGCGGACAUUCACCCACCUCACAACCUGCCCGAUGAAGACCUUUCCGAAGACAUGACCAGCCUUCCCCCUUCCCGGCCACUGGCUGGCUAUCAUCCUGUAGCCACUUUCAUCAUCAAGAAUGGACUCAUGGCGAUCUUCGAUGAGAUCUACUCGUUCGCUCUCAGCUUUCGACCUCACGUCAACGAAGAUGCUGAGAUCAAGCGUCUCGGAGCUCUUCUACAAAACGAAUGGACUUCUAUCCCACAGAAUUACAAGGCCAAGCCUAUGGCUGACUCUAUCAACGACCCUCAGACGUUGCGAAUGUCGCGUAUCACACUCGAGUUUCUCUACCAAAAAUGCACCAUCGUACUACAUCGUCGGCGCGUCGCGAAACACGACUCUGCGUCUUACCAAGCAUGUACUACUGCUGCAAAGAGCAUCAUCAACACCUUCCAGGAUCUGCUCGACGCCCUACAGCCCGGCAAAUUAAUGGAAGGUCACGGCUGGGUUCUGUCCGCUACAAUCGUCUGCGACUUCCUGCUCGCCUGCAUGACUUUGGCGAUGGCUGUCGUGGCCACUCAGCCGAUCAGCAAGGAUAUCGAGGAGAAUCUGAAUGUUCUGGACAAUGCUAAGCUCAUGUGUCAUAGUUUGACGGCCAAAUCUCGAGGUGCUGCGCGUGUCGUGACGGCUAUCUCCAACGUUCUGGCUAAGUUCGGCCGCGAGCCUUCACUCCCGAUCGAUCCCCGCAUGGCUCCUCAGAUCCAGCAGGGAUAUCAGCCUGCUCCGUCCUACUCCUUGAACGGCUACACGCCAGCGUCCUCAGCUCCCGGCACCCACCCUCCGCCCCAGGGCUCACCGUUCCAACCCUUCCCAACUCCGGCACCUUCCAGCGCACUAUCCGAGGAACGCUCUACCAGCCACGGCCCGCAAGGUCAGCAAUUCACCAGCAGUGGUCAGCUGCCUUAUCUGGGCUCUCUUGCGCAGUCAUACACCAACCACCCCUUACCAGCGUUCGAAGGACAGCCAAUGAUGGCCGGACUCUUCCCAAGUACAAAUCAGCAGCAGUCGCUCCACCAGCAGCUGGCCUCUGCAGCACAGCAGUACGGUCAAGCAACACAAGGCCCGCUUCAACAGUUCGGUCAGAACGCGGUGUCCCUCGAUCCUUGGGAACGUGCUACCGCUGCCGUGAAUGGGAGCUUGGGCGAGAUCGAUUGGAGUAUUUUCGAUCAGUACAUCUUUGAGUAG